UGUCCACCUCUCCAUUCACUUCAUUCACGUUCUGGUCCCUUUUUAACUUCACUAUACAACCAACCAUAUCUCUUCACAUCUCUGCCCACAAUUCAAACCAUGAAGGACCUCUCCCUUUUUCUUCUCAAGAACUCCCUUGCAUCCAAGAUGAAGAGGGGCAUUCGAAGUUUCUGCAAUGGUUCCGGGUCCACAUCGACACUAGACCAAAAGAAGAACGACUGUGAUGUCUCAUGCAUCGCCAAUGACUCCUACGUUGACGACAACCCGCUAACUCUAGAGGAGAUGAUCCUACAGCUUGAUCUCGAAGAAGAGGCAGCGAGGCGAGCAAAAAUUGACGACUACAGCGAGCUUAACAGGAGGAUGUCAUGUGUGAACAACUCCGACAUUCUAAGGUCUGCAAGGAAUGCAGCUAUGAAUCAGUACCCGAGGUUUUCUCUCGAUGGAAGGGACGCGAUGUACAGAUCUUCUUUUCGUAAUUACGGUUGUGUGAAACCAGGGAGGAGAUCAGUUUGCUGCUCUAGUAGUACCGGAGGCGGGUAUCUGAACAACUGUUACGAGGUGAAUUUUGACGGAAAUAUUGCGUAUCCGCCAACCGUAGCAGGCGAGAGUGUAGUUUGGUGCAAGCCGGGGGUGGUUGCGAAGUUAAUGGGGCUCGACGCGGUGCCAGUGCCGGUGCCGGUGCCGGCGAGGCCCGGGAGGAGUAGAGUGAAGGCUGGUGCAUUUAAUAGUAGGAAAGAAAACUUGAGAAGAAUGGGAAGGCAUGAACUGGAGAAAGAGAGGUUGCUUAUGAACAUGAAUGGGUGCAAAGGUAGUAGUAAUUAUAAGACAGGUAGGUAUUGUGUGAUGAAGCCUAUCAAUGUUGAGCCAAUGAAUGGUCCUCUGAACUGGAAUUUUAGGCAUGCAAGAAGGUAGUAGUUUUACUAGUGAGUUAUUUGAUUUGAAUAAUUAAUUAAUUAAUUAAUUAAUUAAUUUAUUAUUAUU